AAAUAUUUGCGUAUCUAAAUUCACAUAAUUUCAACUUGUCUAUUGAUCAAUGUCGUGCUUCAUUAAAGGUCAAAAAUCUAUUACCUGACCAGUUGAAAACAUGUGAAGAUGUUUAUUUAAAUGGGACUAUUCUUUUCAGACCUUUCAAUACAAACAUUCAAUAUUUAGUCAAAUCCGGAAUUCUCGCGGUUGAUGAUGGAACUCUACGUUUUUCAGCGCCACUUACCAUGCGAUCAUUUUCCCAGCAAUACUAUGGUAGUCAUAAUAGUACUGAAAUUACCCCCUCUUCAUUAUAUCAUUUUAUUGUGAAGACUUUCACUGCAAUAUGCAAUACACAAAGCGGAAAAAUUUUAAGAGAAACACUUGGAUUCGGAAUCGAUGGAAACCUUCUAGAACAAACAUGGCAAAAGGAAUUUUAUAGAGUUGGAACGCAAGUAUUAGGGAGGAUUUAUUUUCUAUCAUGUGAUAUAGGUGCAGUUUUUGGAUGUGAUGGACAGAUAGAUUUUUAUGUAGACGGGUUGGAUUGGGCGAUAGAACUUCUAAGAGAUGGCGAACAUAUGACCGAACAUAGUAAUAGAUUUAAGCUUACUGGUGAGUAUAAAGAAAUUGUUAAGUAUGCAAAAAGCGUAGCUAUAAUUGAUAUUCGGAGCGAAUCAAAAAAAGUUAGAAAUCUGAGAAAGGAUUUCAUAUAUGUAUCAUUCUCUGAACAUUAUGAUGCAUUUAAAAUAGAGAGUUUGGGCGAAGAAACA